GAAAACAGAAAUCAGCUAAUAAAAGCGGGAACCCAAACAACUCGGCUCUUCAUGUCUCUGUCUGGUAAAUGGUAAUAUCUAAUUCCUAAUCUGUCUCUCUCUUCUCUCGCAAUGGCGACUCCAAAAUCACCGGCGACAGAUUUCUUCGGAAUCUCAAAGACAGCAUGCAAAGCAUACAAGUCCCUCGUCACCAAAUUACAUCCUCUUUCAUCUAAUCGCAAAUCCGAUUCCCAUUCCGACACCACCGAUUCCGCGUUCCACCGGAAAUACCUGGAGGAGAAAUCCGCGGAGGAAGAUGAUCUGACCGCUGCUAGGAGAGGUCUCCGUUUACAGAGCAUGGACGACAGCUCUGUCUUCAACCGCCGCUCUUCUUCUCUUCGAUCAAACUCCACCGGUGGCCGCCGCAGCCACACGCCGCAAGCUAGGCCGACCUACCUCUCCUCCUCCGCCUCUUCCAACCGCCGAUCUUUUUUCUCAAGAACCACCAGCCGUAGUAGAGACCGGGAUGGCGGCGACAGCAGCCGCGGUCUCAAAUCACGCCCCUUCUCGAACAACGCGAGCCCCCUGACGUCACCUUUCACGAGCCCGAGAGGGAAAGAUCAAACGUUGGCUGAUUUGUUCGGAGACAUAGAAGGACUGACGUCUCCUCCUCCUCCUCCGGUGGAGAUUACCAAGAGCCGUAGCAAGAGAGAUAAAGAGAACAGAGGCUCGUCUACGUCGACGUCUGUGCCGUUUAGGAAGAGCAAGAGCACGAGGGAUACGGUUGGAUCAUUGGGGAAGAGUAUAAGCAGAAGGAGCUCAACGCCGAUUGUUUUCUCUCGGUCUACACCUCCGAAAAAACCCCCGGCUGUUGAGAAAAUGCUUGAGUGUACGUUGGAAGAACUCUUCCAUGGGGGAGUCAAGAACAUCAAGAUUACUAGAGACAUCAUCACCCAUGAAGGAUUGAUUAUGAAACAAGAAGAGACGUUAAGAGUGAACAUCAAACCAGGAUGGAAGAAAGGGACCAGGAUCACAUUCGAAGGAGUAGGGAACGAGAAACCUGGCUACCUACCGGAAGACAUCAUAUUCGUGGUUGAAGAGAAGAGACACCCUUUGUUCAAAAGCCGUGGAGAUGACUUAGAGAUUGCGGUAGAGAUACCUCUUCUCAAGGCCUUAACCGGAUGCAAACUCUCUGUGCCGCUAUUGACUGGUGAAUCAAUGUCAAUAUCUGUAGGAGAAGUGAUCUUUCAUGGAUUCGAGAAGGCGAUCAAAGGUCAAGGUUUGCCAAGUGGUAAAGAAGAUGGUAGACGUGGAGAUCUGAUAAUAACGUUUUUAGUGAGUUUUCCUAAAGAGUUGAGCGAAGAACAUAGAUCAAUGGCCUGUGAGGUUUUGAAAGAUUGUUCUUGGGCAUAA